AUGACAGUUGCUAGAUCCCACCCAGAUAUUGAAAUCAUCCAAUUCUCUAUCUCGAUUGAAGGUCAAGAACCUCUUUUCGUUCCUGUAUUAGGUGCCGAAAAAAUCGAGUUUAAGAUUCCAGAAAACUCCAAAUACGUCAUUUCCAUCCACUUUAAAGCUAAAAAGACCUUAAAGAACUUCAAAUACCAACAAGUCGUUAAGAGACACGGUAUUACUGUCAAAAACAGAGAACUUGAAGUUGGUGAUUACGAAGCAUCCGAAGAGGUUUACGUGAAGGAAUUCCCAGAAGAUUCCACCCCUGGUGGGUUUAUCGUAAGAGGCGUAUACCCUGCCACCUCAACCUACUUUGCUAAUGAUGAAGAAUUGAUGACGACUGAGUGGUCGUUGGAAAUUACCAAGAAAAAAUAA